AUGCCGACGUCUCAGACAACCUCCUCUGUCCAGCCACAGCAUGAGCCGCCAUCAUCCAGAAUGACGAGCCCACCGCGGUUGUUAACCAAGCAAACGUCAGAGAUCACGCCACAGUCGGUUCGAGUCGCGUCCAUCUUUCAGCGGCAUACAUCGAUGGAAUCGUCGUCGCCGUCCAGGUUGAAAAUGCAGACCAAACUGCACUCGCCCACCCACGCCUUCAAAGUAUCGCCGUCCGAAGACAAGGUCACGUCACCAACAAAGAAGAUAAAAAAGCACCUUCGACAAGGCUUUCGAUUGUUUGCAAACGCUAGUUACAAGGACUUGCGCGAGCCAGAGAUGCAGUGGAACCGCGUGCCGGCACCUCCAAAAGACCCACGAUCCGACGAGCCGUACGCCGUGUGGUGGGUCGAAGACGAAGGCUUGCUCGGGUGCAUGAUCUGCCACGUGCCUUUUGGCAUGUAUUUCCGUCGUCACCAUUGCCGAUCAUGCGGGGACGUGGUGUGCUCGGACUGUUCCAAAGCCCGCAAGGAGAUCCCUGGACUUCUCGGAAGCAGCCAUCGUGUGUGCGACGCAUGCAUGUGUGACGGCACAUGGGUGCAGCCAACGGGACAAGAAACGACAGAAUCGGCCCAACGAUUGCAAAGCUCCGAUGAUGAUACGACCCAAGUCGAAUGGGUAGAAUUUAACGACCCGCUUCCUCCGCCACCUCCGGAAUCCUCGUCUGCAUGGGGGUUGCAAGAAAGACAACACAGCUACGCUGCAUACGACGAAGGGAAUUCAUCCCCAGGGCUGUGUGCGCCGCCUUCGAACCUCUGCCUCCCAAUGCCAGUUCCGGUGGUCGAAUCGGCAUGGGUCGCUGAUUUCGAAGACGGCACCGCUGUCAUUGGCACCAAAGUUGAAGGGCAAUACAGUAUGGAUGGAUUGGAUGUUACUUUACCCAUCUCGCCACUCGAGGUCAACGAUAUGUCAGCGUGCUGUGGCAUUCGUGGCUGUUGUGUGAUUUCUUAGACAACCAUCAUCACUAGGUAACAUGAUGAAUUUUACUGGUUUUGGGGAGG